CUCUGUGGAUGCGGGGAGCAGCGGAGAUAAUGAGAUGCGUGUGAAGCGGCUCUGUCCCGCGGGGCGCCGGAGUCGCUCUGUCCCGCAGGCAGAAUACGACGUUUCAAAAUGCUGCAGAUUAUCUGGGUGAACCUAGAGAUUAGAUUUAAUGUGCUUGUGUUUUUAGAAAUGCUGUUCCUGCAUUUCAUGAGAUAAAACACUUCACAAAAAUGAAAAAUUGGAGAUCAAUGAAGGUAACUUUUUUACCAUGUCCGUACAUGUUAAUGAACUCUGAGAAGAACAUUUGAAGAAAGAAUAGAUUCGUCAUAAACACUGAUAUACGCAGUAUUAUUGGCUCAGGAUGCUAUCCACAUGUUUUUUUGUUUAAAUAGAAAAAGACAUCUAAGUGAAGAUGAGCCUUUGUUUGAUAUAUAGUGUCUGGAGUUAAGUGAGAGAAGAAAUAUUUUUAAAGAUCUACCAACAGUAAUCUCUAUUUGAGACCAAGAUUUUCUCAAAAGAAAUAAAAUGAAGGACCUGUGUGAAAAAAUGGCAUUGAUUUAUUCCUCUGAAGGAGACAAUUUCAUGAUGAUUUAAGCCUCUCCCAACAUCUGGAUGUGGUGCUAAAGGCAAGUCUGUGUCUUUGAUCAGCUGAUUGAAACUGUGGAAAGAGGACCUUUAAUUUAAAGUAACUUCCGGCUGAAAUUCUCUUGCUCAUCAGCUUGAACAGAAUUAAAGGGAAAAUGAACAUGACGUAUCAGUCAGGGGACUCUUACUGAACUGAAAAAGGGAAACUUUAGACUGUCCUUUAAACUGUAAAAUUAUAACAAACACCCUGGUCAAAUAUUUUUUUUAAAAAGUUGACUACUAGGCAGAUCUCUACAGAUUUAAAGAAAGUCAGAUGUCAGCAAACAAUUCCUCUCCUCCAUCCUUACAGAAGUUUUCUCCUCCUGCAUCUCAUGCUGCUGCACCACCAACCCCUUCUCUGUCUUCAAGUCCCCAGUCGGGACUCUCCAACCGGCUGUCCAAUGGCAGCCUCAGUACACAGAGUCUCACCAACUCCAGGGGCUCUGUGCAUGGGGUCUCAUUCCUGCUGCAGAUCGGUCUCACUCGGGAGACUGUCACCAUUGAAGCUCAGGACUUGUCCCUCUCAUCUGUCAAAGACCUAGUCUGUUCUAUAGUUUACCAGAAGUUCCCAGAGUGUGGUUUCUUUGGCAUGUAUGACAAAAUUCUCCUCUUUCGCCAUGACCUGAACUCGGAAAAUAUUUUGCAGAGGAUUACAUCAGCAGAAGAGAUACAUGAAGGAGAUCUUGUUGAGGUUGUGCUCUCUGCUUUGGCUACAGUUGAAGAUUUCCAGAUUCGUCCUCAUGCACUUUAUGUGCAUUCUUACAAGGCCCCUACAUUUUGUGACUAUUGUGGGGAGAUGCUUUGGGGUUUGGUACGACAAGGAUUAAAAUGUGAAGGCUGUGGAUUAAACUACCAUAAGCGAUGUGCCUUCAAGAUCCCAAAUAACUGUAGUGGAGUGAGAAAGAGGCGUUUGUCUAAUGUGUCUUUACCAAGUGCUGGGCUUUCAGUUCCCAGACCAGUGCAAACUGAAUACACAGCCACUGCCACUGAAGAGCGCUGCCACCCAGAGCCCAGCAAGAGAAUUCCCUCCUGGAGUGGGCGUCCAAUCUGGAUGGAAAAGAUGGUGCUUUGCAGGGUGAAGGUUCCUCACACCUUUGCUGUCCAUUCCUAUACUCGUCCCACCAUAUGCCAGUAUUGCAAACGUUUGCUCAAGGGCCUUUUUCGCCAAGGAAUGCAGUGUAAAGAUUGCAGAUUUAACUGUCACAAACGUUGUGCAUCUAAAGUACCCAGAGACUGUCUUGGAGAGGUGGUUUUCAAUGGAGAACCUUCUAGUCCAGGCCAAGAUUUGGACAUGCCAAUGGAAGUUGACAGCAAUGAAAUAAACAGCGAUGGUAGUCGGGGUUUGGAUGAUGUAGAAGAACCUUCUCCUCCAGAAGACAAAAUGUUCUUUAUGGACCCUUCUGAUCUUGAUGUGGACAAAGAUGAAGAAGCUGUCAAAACUAUCAGUCCAUCAACAAGCAAUAAUAUUCCACUAAUGAGGGUUGUACAGUCAAUCAAGCACACAAAGAGGAAGAGCAGUACAAUGGUGAAGGAAGGAUGGAUGGUUCACUAUACCAGCAGAGAUAACCUGAGAAAGAGACAUUACUGGAGACUGGAUAGUAAAUGUCUUACGCUAUUUCAAAAUGAAUCUGGAACAAAAUAUUACAAGGAGAUUCCACUUUCAGAAAUUCUCCAGGUGAAUCAGCCUCGAGAUUUCUCAAACAUGGUGCAGGGCAGCAACCCACACUGUUUUGAGAUCAUCACUGACACCAUGGUGUACUUUGUUGGCGAAAAUAAUGGCAACAGCCAUCACAAUCCUGUUCUUGCUGCCACUGGAGUUGGAUCUGACGUAGCUCAAAGCUGGGAGAAAGCCAUCCGUCAGGCUUUGAUGCCAGUCACUCCUCAAGCUAGCGUGUGCACUGCAACAGGACAAGGAAAAGAUCACAAGGAGUUAUCUCUCAGCAUCUCUGUUUCAAAUUGCCAGAUCCAGGAGAAUGUGGAUAUCAGCUCUGUGUAUCAGAUCUUUGCUGAUGAGGUCCUAGGUUCCGGUCAGUUUGGCAUUGUAUAUGGAGGAAAACAUAGGAAGACUGGAAGGGAUGUGGCUAUUAAAGUCAUUGAUAAGAUGAGAUUCCCCACAAAACAGGAAAGUCAGCUUCGCAAUGAAGUUGCCAUUCUGCAGAAUUUGCACCACCCUGGGAUUGUAAACCUGGAAUGUAUGUUUGAAACCCCAGAACGGGUGUUUGUUGUGAUGGAAAAGUUGCAUGGAGAUAUGCUGGAGAUGAUUCUUUCUAGUGAGAAAAGUCGGCUGCCAGAACGAAUCACUAAGUUCAUGGUCACCCAGAUACUUGUUGCUUUGAGAAAUUUACACUUCAAGAAUAUUGUGCACUGUGAUUUAAAACCAGAAAAUGUACUACUAGCAUCAGCAGAACCAUUCCCUCAGGUGAAGCUGUGUGACUUUGGUUUUGCGCGCAUCAUAGGAGAAAAGUCUUUCAGGCGCUCUGUGGUUGGAACCCCUGCUUAUCUUGCUCCUGAGGUGCUCCGGAGUAAAGGUUACAAUCGCUCUCUGGAUAUGUGGUCAGUGGGAGUAAUUGUCUAUGUGAGCCUUAGUGGUACAUUCCCAUUUAAUGAGGAUGAAGAUAUAAAUGACCAAAUCCAAAAUGCAGCAUUUAUGUAUCCACCAAACCCCUGGAAGGAAAUUUCUAGUGAAGCCAUUGAUUUAAUAAACAAUUUGCUUCAAGUGAAGAUGAGAAAGCGUUACAGUGUUGACAAAUCUCUUAGUCACCCCUGGCUACAGGAUUAUCAGACUUGGCUUGACCUUAGAGAGUUUGAAACUCGCAUUGGAGAGCGUUACAUUACCCAUGAGAGUGAUGAUGCUCGCUGGGAAGAACAUGCUUAUGAACACAACCUUGUGUACCCCAAACAUUUCAUUAUGGCCCCGAAUCCAGAUGAUAUGGAAGAAGACCCUUAAUAUUCACCAUGCUAACUUCAUUACAGAAGGGAGCUUCAGAUAGAAACUGAUGUUGAUACUUUUCUGGACAGAUAUUGCUCUUUGAAUGUUGUUCAGAUGAUUCAAUCUACAAAACCAUGAAGGAUCCUGCACUGGCAGGUGGAUGAGCAAAAUGACCUAACAAGUUUUUCUUCAUCUCUAAUUUCUUGAACUAUGAAAUGUGAUCUGGCAAUGGGAUAAGCAACUUGGGUAACAUUUCACUAGCUGUAUGGUUACGGACGAUGUUACUGAGGUGUAAUGCAUACAGAUUGAAUGCAUGGUGUGAGUUUUCUGUGUUUUUUGUAGCCUAUGCAAUAACGAAACAAUUUUUUUAUGGUUUCCUAGUCCCUUAUUUACUAAGCCAUAGAGUACUGUUUUCUGGUAUUUAGCUACAUCUCCACUUUCCUAGUUUGUACAUUGUGGAAAGAGGCUGUAAAAAGAAAUCAAAACCGUAUACCUUUACCAAAUCACAACAGAAAAUGCUGGAGUAGGACUAAUUUAAAAGACUGAAUGUUUGACAGGUAUGCGAUAAUAAUAAAGGUAAAGGAACAUGCUCGUUUGCCGCUGUUUUAAGCAGUUGAACACUUGACUUUCUUUGCCCUGGUAGAAUUGAAGGAUCUUUCUCCAGAUGUCUGAAAAUAAGAUAGUAACACCGGAUUUCAUAUUUCUGUUGAAUGCCAACUGACAAUCAAAAAGCUGUGGUAGCCCUCAACGUUGUCUCUUACAAUAGAGCAAUAAACCACAACAGGGUGUGCAUUAAUAUGCAAGAUUGGGAUGUGUCUUUGGUGUGCACCAAAGGUGUUUUGUCUUAAAAUCACCAAAGUAGUGCACAAAUAGCAUACACACUUUUAUGUAGCAUAUCCUUCCACGGUGGAAAAAUAGUUUCUAGCAGGAUAUGCAAAAUAGUAAAGAAAAGUAUAAACACUUUUCCUCUACUGUUUUGAAUAACUUUGAAAAACGUAUUUUAUGUUCAUUUUAGGUUUCCCGAACUCAGCCUGUCUGCAGUAGUUUGUGGCCUGAUGGCAACUCUCAAUCCUCAUUUUCUGUUGAACAAACUAAAUUAGGAGUCCUGCUGAAAAAAUCAAAAUUGAGCAUGAGUUAAAGGUCCUGUUGCACCACAAACUGUUGCCAACAGGUUAGUUCAUGAAUCCAGCUGCCAGGAGGAAGAGGCAUUGCCUCCUAUUUCAGCCUUCCAGUCUUUAACCUGCAAUUCCACCCCUUCCCCACUUCCUAAACUUUAUAGAUUAUGAAACUGAAUUAGGAGUUCUAAACCAACUCUUAAUUCAGCUUCUUAACAGAAACUUCCGUUUAAACAUACCCAGCCACAUCUUGAGAACUGUGGCCAAAUGGAGAGGGAAGCAGAAGUUUCCUUCUGAAAUGAUGGUGCAGGAAGAUAGUUUAGCAGUUAAAGUCGGCCAUGUUUCAAGAAGAAAGCCUUAUGCCCGCUAUGUUAAAUGGAGGCCUCCAUUUACUUAAAGUUGUGAGUUUCUGAUGAAAUUUCAGCCAUGUAUUAUUGGGAGUUGAUGCAAGGCUGUGCAUCUCCCAGAUAGGUCCAACUAGCUAAUAACUUGGCUUUGGGUAGUGUCCUUAUGUUUUUUUAAAAUGUAAAUUCUGUAGGUUUCGGUUGCAAAGGUAAUUGAAGCCUUUGGGGUCUCCUUACUCUUCUAGGUGAGGUAAUGUUUUUGUAGGCUGACUAAAAUAUUUUUAAUUGUAAUUAUCAAAAUCAGGGUGGGUGAGUAGAGCUGCCCAUACCACUCCUGCAUUUGGGGAAUUCUCCAGGGGAUUGUCCUUUCCCUUUUGUGGUGCUAGAAGACUGUAAAGGAAUUGUAGUAGGAGACAGAAUCUGCCCCCUUAGCCUUGCAGCCUCAUUGAGGGGAGAUUUCAGGAUUGGUCCCUCCACAGAGAGUACUGAAACAGCUUGUAUGCUAAUUCAAUUGUAGUUUUAAUUUUUGAAGUAGUCUGAUCACCUGUGAAAUCAUUGGCUUAGUAUUGGCCUGAUUUCCUGUAAAGUUUGUCACAUCCAGGCUUGGAGAGGGAAGUGACACUUUCUCUUCUAGCUGCCAUCAUUUCUCUAGCACCUCUGAAAUUUGGGCACCGGGCCUCUUAUGGUUGUAGUGCUUCAGAUAUGGUUAGACUUUCAAACACUUCUGAGUUGAGGCAUUUCAGGGCUUCCAAUUACAUUUAAAUAAACAUCUUUAAAGCAGGUCAGUUGCUUGAAAAGCACAAUAGCUUUUGGCUGUUCUUAUAGCCAGGAUGGGCAGGGAUGGUAUCCCUAGCCUCUGUUUGCCAGAAGCUGGGAAUGGGUGACAGGGGAU